GAGGUAAGUAAAAAAGGACGUCUACCAUUUGACUGUCGUAGAAAACCAAAAAAUUAUGAAUAAAUAAUUAAAAUGUUAAUAAGUAAAAAAAAAGUUAAGGGUGGUAAUUUUCUAAAAUAAAUUACUAAUAGAAUUCGGAAGUAGGAGUUAAGUCGGAAAAGAACUAACAAUUAUUAAGUAGUCAAACAAGGAUAAAAACUACUGACAACAAGCAGACUGUGCGACACAACGAAGACAGCACAGGCGAACUUAGUAGGCUUGAUUCCAUGUGUAUCCACUUAUUUCUUUUUGACAAAAGCAGUAUUACGGACUUAUCAUUCAGAUAGUUAUUUUUUACAGAAUUCAUGCCACUCUGUUAGACAGAGUUAUGUUCAUUGCGUCAUCGCCCAUUAUGGUAAUGAUACGGUAAUUAAUAUAUGUAUUUAAAAGGGCUUAAUUAAAUAUGUAGCUUUACCAAGAUGUGUUGAAAAUUUGAAGGUUAAUAUUUUCGUCUGGAAUGUAGAACACCAGACGCUUUCAAUUUUAUUUGUUACCAUCAUUUGUUGAAAGGUUGGGUGUUAGCGUUCUGAAAUCAUAACGAACAUCAUCCAUUCUCGUUGCAGUGUUAGUUCCACACCAGUUAUCUGUGUUUAUAUGCUGCCAGCGACAGGAUAUUUAUAAAUACACGAGCUUGAUCAGUGGACAUGUGUUUACCAUCCCGUACUGGACGUUUCCCGUUGGUUAAAAUUAAAAUUUAGGGUUGGUGUAUUCAGCAACUGCUGCACGAAGUGGGGAGAUCGGUACGAAUUCGCCGCCUCCCAUUGUCACAAAAUCAUAUUGUAACCUCCAGAAUCGUUAUUUAAACUCUGUUAAUAUUAUACAUAAAUGUUCGAGUACGUCACGCUCAUUCGCAAAUUUCAAUUUUCUCAUUUAGUUAUGAAACCGAAGCGAUCCAGAUUAGAAUAAUAGCGGUCACGACCCGGGUUCCUCGCAACUGGAAGACGUGACGGAACUUGCGUUUUCUCGGGGUACUCCCGAACCCCCAUCCCAGUGCAUUCCGUCGCUGCUCCAUCAGUCGCACCUCUAGUGACACUGAUGUUCACGAGAAGUUUAGUCUAUCCAUUCCAUUGUGGUGUACGUUACUACCAGCUCCGCUGAUUGUCUGAAAUCAAACAUUUACGGUUUCAGAACAUCUGAGCUGCCUUCGUUGUGAUGUCCAGAAUAUAUAUUUUUGUGUUAUUCUGGGGUUCGUCUGUUUGUCGCUGUGUUAUCCAAGGAUGUUGUUUGACUGUAUUUUCUGUUCUUGCUACAACUGUCUCGUCGUUGUCCGCCCUUCUGUUCGUCUGUGCUGUGAUAUUUUUUUUCCGACUAAUUCCUUCCACGGAAUUCUCUGUGCUGUCUAUGUGUUUAACAUUUGACAUCGGCUAGAUUUGGUGUGCAUAUUUCCUGUUCAUUCUUGUGGUUCUUCUAUGACAUACGGUGAAAACCAGCAUACGGUGAAAAUUAACAUACAGUGAAAACCAACAAUGGCGCAUGUCGAUGAAAAGGUUUUAAAUCAGUGUUCCCUAUUCCAAGAAUAAUUCAAAGAACGUUUCAGGACAUUUAUUAAACCUGCGUUUUGCUUUGUACCAAAGUAUAAUUUUCACACAAGCAAAAACCUUUGAUCGAAGGUUCUGGCUAGGCGAAAACAGUGUUUUGUUUAGAAAAUGUUUAAAUUUAUUUCAAUCCGUACAUAUAUUCAACAAUCAAUUUUUUUUCAUCCAUCCAUCCCAACGCUCUACCCAUUUAUCCAUUAAUCAAUAAAUUCACCUAUCUGUUCAACAAUAAAUAAAUCCAUCAAUACGUCUAACAAUCAAUCCAGCCAUAAUUCAUUCAAUUCACUAUCUAACCAUCCAAAAUUCAAACAAUCCAUCCUUAUAUCCAUCCAACAAGCCCACAUUCCAUCCAUCUAUCCAACAAUUCAUUAUACAUCCAUCAAACAAUUAAAAAAUCUAUCAACAGCCAUCAAACCAUCCACCCAUCAACGGGGCUUCCGUUUUGCAGGCUAUGCAAGUACGGCCAUCUCUCCUUACUUUCCACUCGUCCCUGCGCAGGAUAGUCAACAAUAACGCAGUCAAUGCCGAUACUCAGCUUGCGGUGACGCGGCAGUGACGAGGGAAAUACAUUAAAGCUGGUAGAGCUUCUUCCAAAGCAGCAUGCCUCUCACGAAUUAUGAUUAUCUCUUUAAUAGGCCAGUGCACGAAGAACCAGUUAGAAUUUGUGUGGAAGCAAAACGUAUACGAAGAGAAACAUGUUUGCCUAAGUAUUUCCCAUUGAAUAAAAAUGUUUGUAUCCACUUCACAUAAAUACUUUUUGCUGUUAGUUCUUCAAAUUGCGAUUGUGAGAUCGCCAUUACUUGCACAACAGUGCUCUAUGUCACAAUUUUAGCAGACGCUUAACGCCGAAUGCAACCUCUAUUUCGGCGUUAAGCGUCGCAAUUUUAAGAUACCUUUCAACAAUAAAGUUUGUAUUAUUUCUGAUACAUUACAUUAUUUCUGUAAGUUAAAUGUUAUUUGUGUUGCUGCAGAUGGGUGUACAAAUUACACAGCCCUCUAAGGCUGGUGUCACACUACGUGUUUCGGCUACCGCGGCUAAAACUUCCGUUGCGUUUUUUGGCUGAAUAUUCUUUGUACCGCUUUUGUUACAGUGCACAAUACAGGUACCUCAAGAAUGCGCCAAGUAAAUUUAUCAAAAUUGAACAUGUAAGCAAUUGACGUAAAAGUAAUCACCGAGUAGAAACUGGCAGCAGCUCCAGUUCUACCGCAUCGUGUGACAACCGCAUUUGUCGUACGUCGCGUAAAAUGUGAACACUCCGGAUGUCUGCGCAUGCGCCAUUGAGAUUUGCUAUUGUCAUCCUACCACAUAGUUCACCUUCAGCCCAAACAUCAGAAAUGGCUUCAUGUACUACCGAUUUAUUUAACUGAAGCAACUUGGCCAUGACCUAAGGUUAGGUGGUGGACAUAAAUUCGGCGAUUACUUGUAGGUUUAACGGACGAAUUACGUGGUGGAUGGUGUUUCGUGAAAAAUUUAAAAAAAAUUAAAGUAAUAAUUCGAACCACGCGGUCUGUUUGUGCAAACUACGUUUCGUAAUAAAAUUAUGCGACGCGUAUCCAAUUUUGGCGGUACGACUUCUCGAAUAGUGCUCGGAACAGCCUUAACGACCGAGUUAAUGCGGGGGAAAAGAUGCUCUUUGCCUUUUCAGAGUUACUUGAGCACAUAAGCAAGUAAUAAAAAUGUUUGUCGUACUACGCCUUCAACAAAGUCUUACUACGUCUUCAUUAUAGUCUUACGUUGCAUUUGGGUUGUUGAUAUAAAACAAACUAAACUUUACAUAUUUUGAAAAUACUUGCUAAUUGUUUUUGUGGUGUUCUCACUUAGGCAUAUAUUCAGCUAAUACAUCACAACUUCCCAAAUUGUUUGAAAUUCUGGAAAACUUCAGUUUAUUGAUUUUCUGUCCUCUGAAGAAGUAGAUUUUUUGUACGGUUGUAGUUGACGUGCUGCUGACGUAUGUGACUUUCUCCCUAUUAUGGUUUUGUUUGCAGUGUCUCACAUCCCUUGUUGAACUCGCAUGUCACUUGCGGGAAAUUUCGUACAAGCUAUGCCCGAGAGUGCACACAGCCAGGAAUAGACGUUUCUGUGAUUUCUGCCACACGAUACUUCACUCACUGUUCUUUUUUUAAUAUUGAUUUACACACGCCGUAGAGUUUGUUUAUUUUUCGGAUAUUUUUAUUUAUAUGCUAUAAUUUUUCAUACUAACGAUACAAUUUUAACACAUUAAAUAUUGUUAGUAUUUAAAAAUACUGAUUACUCCAACAACAUUGGACCGCAUCCUAUAUCAUUGACAUCAUUACCAAAGAUCAUGUUCUAGAUUUUUCACUUUGUAGGAAACAUUUGCGCACUAUGUAAAAUCAAAAUUUUAUUUCAAACAGUCAUCUGACUUCUAAAACUUCCGUUAAACACUCCACAGCAGCGACAAUAUACGCUAGCGAAAUCGUGGCAUAUUCGCUUAAGACUUAAGUUUAGAAGAUUUUUGUUUUAUUUUUAACUUAACGUAGGACGAUAUAGUAGAACUUGGAAGUGCGAGGAUUUGAGCCGAUAUGCUCCGUUUGCCCGUUACAGAUAUAUGAGAAGUGCACCUGUAACUUUGAAUAUAUCUUCCUUAUUUCACCAUUAAAACUUCUUCCUGUUUAGUUGACAUGUACUUUGGUCUUCCGAUGUUUAACAGUCUUUUCCAAUUUUUUUUCGUUCUAUCUUGAAGAAGGUAACAAUUUUCUGUCCAUUGUUAUUUAAAUAACUUUGUCUACUAGCCCAGUCUUGAUAUUUCUCCCUUCAUUGCCUGCCAUUCCAUGUUCACUAAACAUGUUCAUAUAAGUGUCUGGCCAUCGUUGUACUUCUUUGAAGACAUCCUACCGCAGUUCAUUAUUAAUCACUCUAUAGUUGCUCGAUUUUUCUGCCGCUCUUCAAAUGAAGUAUAUGGGUCAUUCCACGCAAAAGGGGAAAUUUCAUAUCCCAGCCUCAUUUCUUAAAUAAAAUAUUGUCCAAUAAACGUGACAAUUUUUUUUAAUAAUGUACUAUAAAUUGUUUUAAAAGACAGUAAACUUGAAAUGUCAGAUAAUUUAAAAAAAUGUAUUUAAAAAAAUAGUUUAGCCUGGAAAUAUCAUUCCCUCACUGUUCCCCAACCACAGUUAACAUGUUGUGACACAAUUUCUUUUUGAAAGUUAUGAGCAAUGAGAUUUCAUAAUUAUUAGGGUUAAUCCAAACAAUUAAAAGUUUUAGAAAAUGUGUACAUUUCAUUUUUCCUACCUAUCGUCUUAAAAAUAAAAAAAGUUAAAUUAUGUCCCCAUGUUCGGGUAUCAUUCCCUCACAUCUCGAUGUUAACUAAUUUUCUGGUCAGUAGAUGCCUAUGAAGGCCAUUGCUAGUGAGUCAGUAGAUAGCUAUCUUAGUUGUUGAUGUGAAGCUGUGAUAGUUUCAGGCUCAAUGGUGAUUAUUAAUUUUUUAUAAAUUCAAUAAGUUUUGAAAUUUCAUGAGUAUUUUUUCUACACAUCAUUCCCUCACAAAUCAUUAAUCAGCUGUAAGUAAAGUAAAAAAUUUAGUUUUAAUAGUUUUACGUAACAAUAAAUGGGUAUUUCCCCAAACUGUAAGGAAAAGUUUAACAAGUUCAACCUGCUGUGUUUGAGGAACAGUUAACUACAAUUUCAUAAUUCCCUCACCAUCAUUCCCUCACUAUGAGGGAAUGAUGAGUGUUGUGAGGGAAUGAUGUCCAAUGUACACAAGAAACCAUCGGACUUGGUAAGAGAGCUUUGUUGUUGCAAAGACAAUUUAGCUUGUCUUCAGAGAAAAUGCAAUGCUUGCAAGAGCAAGACUAUUUACUAUGAAAUCAUAGAUCCUGAGCAAGAAGUCAAAGUAAAAAAGUGGAUGGUAAAAGUGCAAUGGAUAGAGGUUAAAGGCCAAAAAAAGAAGGUAAGUAAACCAUUAAAAGAAGAGUUUAUUAUUGAUGUAAGAUCAUUGGUAACUGAGCUGGAAACUAUCUUUCCUAGAUACCUUCUCCAUAUAGGAAAUAUUGCACACCAGUACAAGACUCUAAAUGCAGCAAAAAAUCGGUUGGAUGAAAGUUCUGCAUUUAUUCAUAUAGACUUUAGUGAGAACUAUAAUUGCAAAUUCAGUGAAGAAAUACAGGCUGUUCAUUUUGGUGGAGGAAGGGAACAAAUUACCCUUCACACUGGUGUAUUUUAUCUUAAACAAGAAAAUUGAAGGCAAACUUUCGUCCUGUGUCAAGGCACAUCCAUUUUAUUCAUUAAGCAAGUCAUUAAGACAUGAUGCAUUUUCGGUUUGGGCUCAUCUUAAGCCUGUUUUCGAGUGGGCAUUCCAACAAAAUAUCAACUUGACAAACAUACACAUACAGAGUGAUGUGAGUUGUUACACAGUAUAGGAAUAAAACAAUGUUCGGCAUAUAAAAAAAAACUAAGUCAUAUAUUUCCCAACAUUUCAAUUUUUACUUGGAACUACACCGAGUCAGGGCACGGUAAAGGUGCUCCUGAUGGUAUUGGGGGAACGUUGAAAUGAACUGCUGACCGCAUAGUUGCGCAAGGCAAAUAUGUUGAAAAUUUUGAGUGCCUUACAAAUGUACUGAAACAGCAUUAUUCAGGUGUGAAGAUUUUUGAAAUUCAACACAAAGACAUUAGUGCAAUGGAAGAUCUAGCCAAACAUGCAGGAAAUGUUAAGUGUUUCGCCAGCACAUUGAAAGUGCAUCAGGUUAUGUUCAAUUCGGCUUUUCCAGUUCUACAUUUCAGAAGUUCAAGUUGUUUUGAAUGCAAAAGUGAAUGCUCUCACUUCCACUUGGGCAAAGGUUUUCAACUUGAAACAUCUGCAGCUACCAGUAAUGUAAUGCAAGACAAACCAAAAAGCAAAACAUCUGGUCCUUCUUCCAGAAACCCCAAUAAAGGUACUAUACUUUUUCUACCUACAGAGACUGACAAAUCUGUUUUGUUAGGCUCAAAGAAAAACCUCCGAUAUGAAGAUGUCUAUUCAUCAUCGGAUGAAGAUGAUAAUCUAGGGACCAAAAACUCUCUUCCACUCGGAAGUUUUGUCCUAGUUCGUUUUAGCAGUGACAAGAAGAAAAAGAACACAACAAAAAAUUUGCCAGUUCCUGGGAAUUAUCCAAAGUUGUGUACAAAACAAUGAAAUCGAAGUCAUGUUUUUGAAAAAUUCUUGUGGGGACAAUACAUUAUUUUAUGUAGAUGAAAAUGAUGUAUGUUUUGUAUCUGUUAAACAAAUUGUUGCCACUGUCACAACUCCUAUUGUUAUUAACAAAGGGUGUAGGAUUUUUUAUAAAUUUAAAGACCCAAUUCGAGUCUUCUAAUGACAUGCCAAGGCUUUAUUUUCCCUUCAGAUAUUGUAAUUUGUGGUAAGAUAAAUAUAGUGUACGUAGUUUGUAAAACUAGAUUCAAAUUGUAAUUUAAACUUGGCAUAGCAAACUCACGAGACUGAUUACAUGCUGUUUUAGCAACUGAUUAUGCUUAAAUUAGUAUUUUAAUAUUGAAAGUUGUACAUUAUUCAAUUGAAAAUUAUGUAACUUUGGUUAAGAAACAAACAUGUUGCCAAGGAAACCAGAAUAUCAGAAACGAAUCAUUCCCUCAUUCUACAUUUAUCAUUCUCUCACACGUCAUUCCCUCACCCAUCAUUCCCUCACAUCAGAGAGAAAUAUUUUAUUUUAUAAAUGUGUUGAAAUUCAAUAUUGUUCACUGCCCAUAUAAGUAGUCAGUUACUGAGGUCUUCUGGUUCACUUUGACUAAAUAAAAACCAUUUUCAAAAAAAUUUUUUUUACAACUGUCUCACAAUAUAUAUUUGCCCUAUUACAUGGAAUGACCCACAUAUCAUUCGGUUAUUAAUCUUUUUUGUUUCUGUUGCCCUCGGAGUUGCCAAAGAUCCCGCUUCAAAUAUUGCCUCACCUUCUGGCGCCAGAUAUUAUUAGUCUCUGGACGUUAGGCUAUAAUUCGCUAUAGUUGAGACGAACAGUGAAAAUUUUGAGCUGCAUCUUCGUGGAGGGCAGUUGCAGGUGGAAACAGCCCGCUCAACAAGUGUCAUGGCCGCCUGCCCAGCCAACCAAGGGGUACGAUGGUUCGCGCUAAUCGCGGCGGUCACUCGGGAUUGACCCGUCUUCGUGUGCGUGCGUGCGUCUCUGAGGGGCGUCCUCUCUCCUCCCGCUUCCCCCGCGGGGCUCCCGAGGGCGCCGGGACGCCCCCCGGCAUGGCAGGCGUCCAACAUACCACGGCGUCGCGUGCCAGCGCGCCGGACGCGCCCGAGCCGCCGCGGAGAUGCCCGACGUCGAGAGAGGGCCCACCCGACGCCAGGCGUCGAGACGAGGGAGAAGGUUCCGUGGACGGCGGUAGACGCGCCUGUCGUCCAGACGACUCACCUCGCCGCGCUCGCAACCUUUUUUUAUUCGACGCACAUCCGACGACCCAUGGGAAGACAAGACAGAGAUAGCGUAAGACGUAACAGUAGCCAUCACCCGUGAUGAGGACGAACUCUUUCUCUUUCCGCUCGAACGGCAACAACACUCCAAACGAACUGUUAAGAAGGGGACCACGUGAAGAUGUAUUGUUAUUUUGUUGUUCCGCUUUAGCGUAGCCGUGUGAAAGUGUGUGUGAGCGCGUGCGGGCGUGUGAAGUGUGGCCGGAGGCGGGGGCAUGUCGGCGGCGGCGGAGGCCAGGGCCGCCCUCGGGGAGCAGCGCGUCGCCGUCGUCGUCGCCGCCGUGUCGCCGUUCUAGACAGGAUGCCCGUCAGCACUGGGGCCGGCUCUGAGCGUGCAAAGCGCUGCAAGCACUGUGAAGAGUCUGGCCACAGGUUGGACAGCGGUAAUCUCUUCUGGAGGAUCCAGCUGGACCAGGAUCUGCUCGACACCAUCAUCGCUAUCUACCCGGAGUGGUUCAAGGACUACAACGUGAGCAGCCGGCCCGCGAGGAUGGCUGAGGGUGGCGGCAGCGGCUCCCUGUCCUCCGCCCCCGACCCUGCCCCCGGCCCGCCCCCGGGCUCGCCCCCCGCCCAGGGGCUGCAACUUCCCCGCUCGCCGCCCAAGGUCGAGGUGGACGACUCACCUCUUCAAAAAUCCAUGGACAAGAACAAGGAAUCCUUGAAGGUGAAGCUGAUGAUGCGGCGGCCCAUCAAGAUGCUGGUGGACCAAGGCAUCAUGCCACCUUUAAAGACUCCUCCUGCAUUCCACGAGCAGCGUCAGAAACUUGAACGAGCCAAGAUGGGUGACCUGCUCAAGGCAAAAAUCCAGCAAAGACCAAACAGACAAGAUCUCGUCAACCAACACAUCCUCGAAGAUGCUCAUGUGGAUCCUUCCAUUGCGGAAAAGCAGCGCAUGUUAAAGAAAGCUCGUCUAGCUGAUACGUUGAAUGACCAGCUGUCACAUAGACCGGGUCCUCUAGAACUAAUCCAAAAGAACAUUCUGCACACAGAAGAGCCCAUUGAACGAGCUGUAAAAGAGGGGGUGAUCCCAUUCAAGCCAACGUGCGAGGGACAACUGACAAAGCCUCAGCACCCAGACCACUACGUUACAUUCGAAGAUGACUCGCAGAGCUCAGAAGGUGGGCAGUCGCCGCUGCAGACACAGCCAUCGACGGGACUCCCAGGGCUGCGAACGCCCACAGAUGUUCUGGAGGCUGCUGCGGCUUCGGCGGGCAUCGUGACGGUCGCGCUCACCGUUCCGACGUCGGGCGGGGCAGUGGUGGUGACGUCCCCUGCCCCCGGCUACCCCCGUACACCCUCCGCCGACCAGCCGGCCGCCACCAUGACCUUCGCCGACCUCUGCCACAGCGUGGUGUCGCCGGGGGCCGUCUUGCCCCUCGCCCCCGCCCCCAGCCCCGUGAGCCUCAGCUCGGCCGCCUCCAGCCUCAGCCCGCUCAGCUCCGUGUCGUCCCCGCCCCCCGCCUGCGCCCUCGCCGUCACCCCCCGCCCCUCCCCCGUCGCCUCCUCCCAGCGCUCCGACGCGCCCGGCAAGGACAAGAACCGCAAGAAGUCCAAGAGCAAGACCCAGCCCAAGACCAGGACCAUCAAGUUCCACGAGUACAAGGGCCCGCCGAAUGCUCACAAGAGCAGCUCCAUCAGCUCCUCGCCGGUCGAAACCCCGUACGAGAUCUUGCUGCAGCAGCAGAAGCUGUUUCUCCAGUGGCAACUAGAAUGGCAGCACAAGUAUCCACAGAUCAUCCUGCCGGCGGGCCAGAAGCCCCUGCAGGUGACGGCAGCCGGCGGCGACCUGUCGAGCUUGAUAGCCGUGGCGUCUCCCUCCCCGCGGGUGACGAGCCCCGGCCCUCUGGUGCCCACGGCGGUGACAGUGCUGCCCCAGCCGGCGACCCCGGAGCAGCAGCCUGCCCCCGCUACGCCUGCACCGGUGUUCAGAGUGCCCGGCAAGCUGGAGGACAUGAAGGUGAGCGAUUUGAAGGCGGAAUUGAAGCGCCGCAAUCUGCCGGUGUCCGGAUCAAAACCCCAGCUGAUAGAGCGUCUGAAGCCGUUCAGCGACAGUUCUUGCUCCCAGCAGUCUCCGCUGCAGUCCGGCGACUGCAGUGGGCCGGUCGGCUCCCCACCCGCAACCAGUACCAUUCCAGUGGCCCAUGUGGGCCACGUCGUCAUGGACGCUCCGGGGAGCGUCAUGAGCGAGGAUUCCCUGUCUGGCAUGGCGAUGGAGGUGCCAGUGUCGCCGCCCAGCCAGCAGAUGUCCCUGCUGGUGGAGGGCUCGCUGGGAGACGACGAUGCCAGCGGCCUCCCUGACCUGUCGCCCUCCCCGCCCUCCCAGCAGCAGGCGUCGCCCGAAGGCUCGCUCGACGUGGACAUGGACACCGGCGACGACACGGCUCUGCUGCUGUCCCCGUCACCCUCCCCGCAGGACGACCUCAUCAGAGAUCAACAGCGGAAGAUAGAGGAGUUGCAACGAGAGUUGCUGCGGUCGCAACUGCAGCUCCAACAGAUAAAGUGCGGCACGAAGGUAGCAUCCCAGCAGAAAACGAAGGUAAACCACGUUGGGGUUCCAUCAGUGCCAAACGGCGUGGUGAUGGAGCCAGGUGUGAUGACGGCCAAGCAGAGUCAGAAGCUAGUGCUGCAGCAGCUACAGAACAAGAUUCAGCAGCAACAGCUGCAGGUGCAGUUGCAACAGCUGCAGAACUUGCAGGAACAGCAGCAACAAGCCAUAUUCCAGCAGCAGCAGCAGCAGCAACAACAGCAGCAACAACAGCAGCAACAGCAGCAACAACAACAACAACAACAACAACAACAACAACAGAGGGCACAGCAACAGCAGGUUGUCAGUGUCAAGGCCAACUUGGCUGCAUUCCUUCAAAAUCAAAACCAGAACCAGUUGCUGCUGCAGCAGCAGCAGCAGCAGCAGCAGCAGCAGCAGCAGCAGCAGCAGGCUGUAAGCAAUGCAAGCAACAAGCUGUCCUCGAAGAAGUCCAGCAGUGGUGUAUUGCCAGCUCAGAGCAUCGUGCUGGGGCGGAAGCAAGCUGCCAUAGUUCUUAACCAGUUGAAACUACACCAGCAGAAGGGGAAUGCAGCAAACAUGAAUGGCAUCAUAUCCCGUCACAGGACCGCUUCACUGCCAAACUUCAUCGGUUCGUUUGUGAUGCAACAGCCCUUACCCGAUAGUCAGCAGACAGCCGAAGCACAGUUCCUGAUCGGCAAACCUCCCCCUCAGUAUGAGGAAGCUGCUAAAGUGCUCAAGAUCAAACAGGAGACCCCCAGCACCAGCUCGUCCAAGAGCAACAACGGCAGCAAACAGAAGAACGUCAAGAGCCAGAUCGUGGACGACGUGCUGGAGAUCCUGAUCAAGAACGGAGAGUUGCCUCCGAGCGCGGCCCAGGACCCGGCCACGCCGACCACUCCGGGCCGCUCGCUGCCCCAGGGCCUGGUGUUCUCCCCCGCCGCCGACUCCUCCCCGCCCGCCCCUCCUCCCCCGCCCCCUCCGCCCCUCCCCCACUCAACGUUCGCCAUCACGCUGCCCACCAGCAUCCCGGCGAGAGCGGCGGACCCACCUGCCGCCACCUUCGGUGUUAACUUCGCAGGGACGGACACCUUGGACUUCAUCCUUAAUGGGGGCGACGCGGAAGCCGUCAACUCCGUGAUGGAGGACGGCCACUUGGCCUCCGCCGACCUUCACGCAGCCUCGGGCUUCGACCUGAAGGAGCUCGGCUUGGACCUGGAGACGCUUGACCCCAUGGACUUCGGCCAGCUUGACUGUGGGGACAUCGCGGGACCCGACUCGGUGAAGCUGGAGCAUUCGGACCUCCUGAACACGGUGACCGACAUGGAGGUGGGUGGCGGGGAUCCCUCGACGAGGCAGGAGGAGGCACCCAUCCAUGACCAGCUGAUCAACCAUCAGGAGCUGAUGGACAUCGGAGAGAUGCCGAUGGACAUGGACGAUUCUGACUGGCUCGAGUGCCUCAUGCCGUCUGACGUGACUGCUAACACGGGCGUGGACAGCAGCUCGGGGAUGAUGCAAGCGCAUCACGAGAUCACUGCCCCUUGUAACAUCAACGACUACAACUUCAACCAGACCCAUGUUGAUCUGGAUCCCUAUGACCCUUUGCUUUCGAACAGUCAAGAUCCCUUCGACCUUUUCAACAUUGAAGAAUCCGAAUUCAAACUCACCGGUGAUUUGAACUCUGCACUAGGUUGGGACAAAAUAAACUUUGCUACUUAACGUAUGUGUCGAUCUGUUUUCGAUGAAAUUUUUCGGUGUGCAAUAGUGUGUGCAUAGUGAUCAACAUCAAAACCUAAGAAACACUUGUGUUUAGUGAAUUCAGAUGGCGAUGUUGCUUAAUCCGACCAUUGAAGAAAUGAGCCAUGAUAUUGCAGUGUUUCAUGGUUUGUGAUUGACUUUCGGUAAUCAUAGUGAAAUAAUAUGAAUUAUUUUAUAGGAAAUGGUCAUGGGAUUGUGCAGUGUACAAGCUUCCACUUAAUGAACGCCAAAGCCGUAAGUAAAUAACAGUUUCUUGGCGGUAUCAUCUAUGAAAAUUUAGUGCCUUAAAAUGUUUGUCAGAUUGAUGGCACUUCCCAGUAUCUGGAAUAGAUUGCCAUAACCUGAUACGUCUUCAGCAUCUGGAAUACGGACCACCAUGUUGAGCAAAAAACAUAAAUAAUAAAAAGGAUGGUACUGUUAUUCAAAGCAAGGAGCAUAAAGGCAAAAUCAUUAGAAUGAAGGACCACUAUUAACAAAAUUACUCAAUGUUUUUUAGAAUAAGAUUUGACUCAGAAUUCUCCUAAAUUAUUAUUAAAAAAUGUAAUAUAUAUUUCACAUCAUCAUCAUCAUCAUCAUAGUAAGAAUUCUAUUGAUGUAUUUGUUCAUCAAGUAGUUGGUACUUUAUGAUGUUACAAAUUGUAGUUAUCAUUUAGUAUUGAAAGUAGUUAUGGCAGAUUGAUUCAAAUACUUGGAGAAUAAAACAACUAUUAGUAGCAAAACAGGUAAAAAUCAUUAUUUCUUGUAAUUUAUGAUUUUUAAAUUUUAACUGCUUCAUCCAUCACACUUAAUAGAAGUCAUUAUAAUAUUGUGUCACACAUGCAUAUCAUUGGGCUUUACCGUACAUUACAUAAUAAUCAAAAACACAUUAAUGAAUUUUACAUGUUAAUAAUCCAAGAACAUGAGUUAAUUUUAAUUUGUCAGAAUACUGAAACACAAGCAGAGACACCAUUGCACAGGAAUUAUUUGCUUUCUAAAUAAAAGAACUUGCUACAAAGAACUUGGAAGGUUUUGUGAAAAGGUCAGGCUAAAAAGUAUCUUAAUUUUGCAGUGGGCCAAGUUUGUAAUGAGUUGUGACGUGUGUUCAUAAUUUUAUCACACGUUUCAUAUUUGUAACUGUUGAAGCAAAUUUGGUAUGUUAAAAAACAUUUUAUCUCCCUCUCCAAAUAAUUUUAAACAUUUAUUUAUAUAUUUAUUUAUUUUUAGUUUAUGUUAUGAUGGCUUUAUUAUUUUUUCCAUUUUAAUUUGAUUCUUCCUGUUACUUGAAAUAAUUUUUUUUACUAAUCAAGUUAGUCAUGUUAUACGUUAAAAUAUGAUCAACCGUUUCUUUUUAGGGUUGUUUUAAACAGUUACUUUAGGGGUGCAUUACUCUGACUUUGCAGAUGUCUCAUCAAGUUUUUAGACAAAAUUAAAUUAUAUUAAUAAAGUGACCAAUCAUAAAAUUAUUUUUCAAAAUGUGUGUUUUGAAAUGAACGGAAACAUAUAUUUCACAUCAAAACAAAAUCUAUGUAGAUUAUUAUUUUUUUUUAAAAAAAAAGUUGAUCUCAAAAUUAUGAAAUUAUUUUUUAGCCGCUGGACAGUAUUUAUUAUUUGAAUUCAUAAUAAAUAUGAAUUCCUAACCUGUUGUGAACUUUUAGUUCUUAUAGAUAGAUAUUUUGUAUUAUUUACUAGGGAGUCAUUUAUUUUUAAUCAAGAAUUAAUUAGUUUUAAAAUAUUUCAAGUCAAUGUAAAAUAUCUAAUUUUGCAUCAUAUUGCAAAACAAAACAAAAAAACCUGAAAUUUUAACUUUAAAAGUAUAAAUGUUCCUAACAAUUGUUUUCAUAAUUUUAACAUUAGUUCUUAUGUGUAGCAAUAUUAUUCUCAUUCUUUGAGGAAACUCUGUUAAGAUUUUUCUAAGGCUGUGAUGUUCAAUAAAUAGCACAUAACACAUCAAGAAACCUGCUUCUCCUGAGGUUAAUAUAAUGAUCAGAGUUGUACUAAACAUGCCUUUAGUCUUAACUCAUUGUAGGUUACCAGGAGCAACAUAUUGCAACCAAGGUGUAAUGAUUGUGUAAUGUUGUUUCAGCUCAUUAAUUUUAUCUACUUUUGUUGAAACAGAAAGAUAAUACUACUUCAGAUAAGUACUUAAUUAAUGAUUACCUUUGUCAGCAUGCACAGUGUGCUGUACUAUACCACUAAAAGAAGGCCAGCAUCUACAAUAGUGGCUCUGCUUCUGAACAGCUAACGCAUGUCACAAACAUAAUUGCUGAAACUAUUUGAAGUUUUUAUCUGUAAUAAUUUGGUGAAAUGACACAUUUGAUUGUUCUUACAAAUUUAUUGCCAUAACCUUCUCAGCCAUAUCAGUCGUCCAUCUGGUCGGAUUACUGACAAAGUACCUGUUUCUGAACUUCUCUAGAGUGCAGAAACAAGGAGAGAUUAAACAUUGCAUUUUUUUUUACUUUUCCAGUUUUAGAUAUUUUUAUUUUUUAUUGGCCUUUUAUUAUUUUCACAAAUAUUUUUCUUGAAAGAAAAAUCAUAUGCUGUAUUUUACAGAGCUAGUUAAGGAACAAAGUUAGUGUUUUAAUUCCAGUAUUGCAGGAUUUCCCUUUUUUUAAUUAUGUAAAUUAUUUUAUUUUAAACAUAUAUUUAAUUUGUGUGAUUGGGAUAUUUUAUAGUAAAUUUUUUCCACAUAGUGGUCAAUAUAUUGUAUGGCAACCCACUACUUAGGUAAUCCCACUUUUGGUAUUGGCUGAAAAAGAGUUCUCCAAGUAUUGAUGGAUAAUGCUGUAUGUAAAAAAAACUAUGCACAAGGCCAUUUAAAUAAACAUUUCUAUUAUUGUUUGUGUAAACUGUGAAUAUUUUAUUCAUACAUGCAUACAUAUUAUAAACUGUGCUGCCCAAAGGCUUUUAUACUGAAAAAAUGUGUGUAGUCACAACUCAGAAGUCCUAGUUGCUCUCCACGUAGAUUGUUCAUAAUAUGUAUUUUACGUUUCCAUACAUUUUGAAGUGUGAAUAUUAUCUGUAGGGGUGCUAUAUUUAUAGAUCUGGAUGUGUGCUUACCUCAGUAACAUUAUCAUCCGGGCUCGUGUUGGUGUAUCUCAGUAUGCGUGAGCUGUAGUGUUAUGGCAUUGGUUAGCUUUCAUAUUGAACUUAAUUUGUAGCAUCGAGGCAUUAAAAGCAUUAAAUGCUGUUUUCUGACCAUUUCAAGUUUCUGGUGCAUUGUAAAUAUUAAGAAUGCUAAUGAAUUCGGGUGGAGAGCUCUAAAGCAAUGCAGUUGUAUUGAGAUAACACUUGUGCACUUUUCAAAUUAUUUUCUUAGCCUAUCAGAGAGCUGGGAGACAAAAACAACCAUGAUGUUCAUCAAUAUGUAAUUAAAGGAUUUCCUGCAAAAAACCGUUUUGUCCACUUUUGGUCAAAAAUGAGUAAGUGUAUGUGUGUUAUGUAAACCAGAUCUUUGCCAACUUAUUUGAAUGUGCAUGGUUGUUUGCCAAUAAACACUAUGUGUUUGGAGCAAGAAUCAGGCAUUGUUACUCAGAACUUACAGUUCUGGACUUUACUAUUUCUUGCCGCAAAUCUCCCAAUUAUUCUCCAUACAAAAGUGGACUGCUAAAAAAUGUUUUGGGUUCACUUACAGUGGUAUGAUUUAUAAUUUAUUAAAAUUAUAAAAAAAAAAUUCCCAACUCUUUUAUUUGUUGCAUUUAGACCAGUUACUGUUAAAAUGACAAUUACAGCAAAUAGACUGCAUAAAAAGUGGUCCUUCAAAAUACGUUCUCAAAACUAUUGCCAUUACAUUCAGGUAUGAUGGUUUACAAGAAGUAGAAAAGAAAACAAAACCUAGGGUAAUUUACCUUUACCACUGUCAUUUAAAUUAAUUUUUGUGUUAGUGACAUUCCAUGUAUGAGAAACAAUAAGCUUUAUAGCAAAUUGUACUGUUAGCUUACUUUUGCAACUAACGAUCAUUGUCAAAGUGAUAAACCGACCACACUCGUUAAGAUGCAGCAGAUUUUGAACAAAAAUAACACUUUAAAAUUUUUAAACACCUAUUUCAUCAAAGUGUUCUGACUUUUUAUCCCAAAAAUUAUUUCUUAAAUUUUUCUGUUACAAAUUGCAGGGAAGCAAUAACCCUGAUGAUUUAGACACCAGUUUUUAAUUUAAUGUAAAUAUUUAUUAAAAUCAAAUCAUUUCCAAUAGUUGUGGCAUUUAAUACCAACUCGUAUUCAUGUACAUUAAAUGAUGCUGUACAUUAUGUACAAUAUACAUUCCAAAAACAACUGCUCAUUUGCAUGUGUAAGAACUAAAACUCUGUGAAGUGCUCAUUUGCUGUAACGUGUGUGUCAUCUCGUUACACGUGAAGGAACUGUUGAAAGCUACAGAAUCUGUUGCAUCUGCCAGACCAACUUUUUCAUAAGGCGCUUGAGUCUUCGAUCGUUAGUGUUGCUGUAUAUUGUUGCGUGUUUUGUUUGUUGUUAUAUCGCAGUCCAGUUAUGCAAUUGUACUUUCCAUUUGUUAGAACAAUGCAUAUUUGUGUGCUUAAAUGUACAAUACUAUACCAUAGCAGCAAAUUUACUUUUUUUUUUUUUGGUGCUAUGAUACGGUUUUAAGUUGAUCAGUUUUUAUUUUGAUUGCAAAAUAAAGUGUGUGUUAUUAAUUAGUAAGAAUUCUAAGAAGUCUUUGUUUUAUAAAUAUUUAUGUUGAUAAUUAUUAGCAAGUAAAUUCAAAGAACAGAUGUUUUAAAAAAAAGUUUUCAAUUGUGACACACACUGAACGAGGUUGUUUGAAAGAUAUGUGAAUGUGUGAGAUAAUAGUACAGCGGAUAUAGUAUACUUAAUAGAUUGUGUACCAAAUUCAUGUGCUAGAUAUUUUUAAAUAAUUUGUUAUCUUAGAUAUUUUUUUUUCCAAAUUUUAUUUGUUUUUAAAAAGAUCUAUGGCAGGGCAAGAGGGAAGGAGACGGGUGUAUAUGGUUGCAUAUUUAGCUCAAAUGCCAUUUUACUUCUGUCGGUGCUCUUUAACAGUGUUAUUUUUUUUAUGAAGCUAUAUUGUUUUUAUUUACUUAAGAUUUUAAGAAGGAAGUUGACAAAUACAUAAUUGUUUGUAAAAAGGCAGGUUGAUCACAAUUGAUUCGUGGUAAUGGCUAUAACUGUUGCGGCUAUAUUUAAAAUAGGUACUUUUAAUUUUUUUUUAUAUAGAUAAGUGUUGAGGCCUGAUUAAAAGAUGGCAAAACUUGUUUCUUGUCUCAAAGGUGGUGGAACUGUGAGAUUGUCAACCAAACAUUGAUUACCAAAUGUAUAAUAAUUCUUGAAAGGUAUAAAACACCAAGGCCCACUGCUGUUCACUAUCAAUUAGUACACAGAUUACUGUUCUAUGAAUAUCAAUAGCUGAAAUACAACUUACAAGUGGUGUGGUAGGAACAUGCUUAAAAGCCGAUUUCAGUUUGAAUUCCAAAUUCUGAAGUUUACUAUUUACCCUAAUCAUUUCUACAGAAAUUUCAAUUUAUUUCUGUAACAAAAUUGUAGAAAAUACAUAUUUUUGCCUUGUUUUCUUUUUUUCUACCUUACUGUGUUCCUUUAAAGGAUUCAUUCACGAUGAAUCACUAUGUUGCAUAUGUUUUAAUGCUGAGGAAUACUGUCUGUACCACUUAAUUUUGAAAAAUAAACUAAAUAUAAUUUUUAAAAGUAUCAGGAUAUUUUCACCUACCACAGAGAUACAAAAUGUAAAUAUCACUAGUAAUCUUGUGUACUAAAUCUCAACACAGCUGAAGCUUUCAGCUGCCAAUUUUGAGCCGGAAUAUUUUUUUAACGCAUGGGGUUUUGUUUUAUCAUGUAGUUAUUGUUCAUAUUAUUGUGCCUUUCGUGUCUAUCACACAUGUGUUAGAUGAGUGGCCUGCAAAGUAAUAACUUAAUAAGCUAUUUAGGUUUACAGGCUUUGCUUAAGUAAUGCCAGACUGAAAUAGAAACAAAUGAGCAGAGAAUAUGUAUACAUUUUAAUUUUAGAGUAGCUAUGCCACUUGCAUUGUGUAAAUUGUGUUGUCUAACACCAGAAAAGUUCUCCAUAUGUUUUUGCAUCUUCUAUAGUUCUUAAAUUUAUGACUUCAACUUUUUUUUUUUAUAAUGUGAACAGUUUUUGGCCCUAAUUUUGUCAAACCUUCUUUACAAGUUUCUUCUUUACAAGUUCACUGUGGUAAAACACUUCUGACAUUUUAAGUUUGUCUCCUUAACAUGUUCUGGAUUUUUCUGUAAAAUUUGUUCUAAUCUCCACCAUCCUAAAGUGUGGUCACAUAUGCUAGAUAAUUCCAUAAUUGCUGAACCUUAAUAAGUCAUACAUAUUUAUCCUCUACUUCUGCUUCAGGUUACACAGUGAUGAAACAUUUUUAAUAAAGUGCUUAAUUGUUGUUCUGAGGAAGAGACUAAUGUUGAUAAUGUUGAUUAUUUGUUGAAUUAUUAUUACUAUGUUAUUAAAGUCCAUUGAAUCUUGUAACAUAAGCCCUAUCAACCUAUCAUAAGUUAUCCUAUAAAUGCUAUUUCAAUGAAAAUUCACUGCACUAGUGGUUGUGGUGGGAAAGUCGAAGCAAUAACUGCACUAAGCUAGCAAAGGCCAGAAGAGAUUAGUUAAGGCUUAAAGCAACAAGAUAAAGUGAAAUGCAGAGUUAAAAUAAUUUGUGAAGUCAGCCGUUGCCUCGAAAAAUAACGGAAAAAAGAUUAGCUCCAGUUGCAGAUUCGAGAGAAUAAGGUGGAAACAGUUGUGAUAGUAUGUACAAUGUAGAUCAAGUGGCUGACAACCAACCUUAAAAGUUAAAUGUAGGUACUUGAAGGUAUAGAGAUCUAUGUGUUUGUGUACCCCAGCUCAUUUUUGUUUAGCUGCUACUACUAAAUUUGUCUAUUUGUGUUUGCAUGUUUACCAUGACCAUAUAAGGAUUGGGACCAGAUAGAAGUGACAAGACAAAGGUACAAUACAUUUGAAGUUUCCUAAUCAAAUUAAUUUCUAAAGUUACUUUAAAUUAAAUACUUGUACAUAAAUAUUUGAGGAAGAGUAGGCUAAGAGAGAUGAAUUUAUUUAAGAACCAAACUUUUAUUAUUGUGUACAUGAUACUGUACCUGUUAGAUAAAUUGUUUAUAAUAUGUUGUGAUUGGUUUUGUAAACAUCCACUGAAAGUAACCAUUAUCAAGCAAAAUGAACUAAUUUUAUGUUUCUAGGUCUGUAUUUUUGUUUUAAUUUGUACAGUGCUUGUGAUGGUGUGCCGAAAUGUAAAUAUAUUCAGUUAAAUAAAUGGCCUAUGGAUGUGUGGGCCAAAUAUUGUGAA